UGCUCACAGAACAAAGGAACAGAAUACCAACACUGUGUGUACUUUCCUACUUUCGGUUUUUCGUUUUCGGUUUUCUAGUGGCUAUUUGUGUCAGCCACAGACCCCGAGAAGACAGCAACUUGAAAACUACAUUUGCAAUCCUGUUGACAAGCUCACACCUUCCUUCCUGUGUCCGAACCAAUCCUGCAACGAUGUCAAGAAACAACGGGCAGGAUCUGUUGGCGGAUUUCAAUGACUACAGCAGCUUGGAUCCAGACCUGGGCGUUCAUCUCCGUCACCAGCAGGGUAGACAGAUGUGGCAGGAGAGAUUUGUCAGGCUUUGCCAGGAGAACAGUGGAGACAGACCGCUGACUGUCGCCAUCAUGGGUGCCCCGGGAGCUGGCAAGUCCUCUCUAGUCAACACAAUCGCUGCAUCACUCUCGGAUGACACGUGGAGCGAUUAUGCACACUCUGCAGCUGCUGAUUCCAGGAUGGUUUACGUGAAAGGCUUCCCAAAGUGUUGUCACGGGUCCAGCACAAGAUACCGGGAUGUCAACCUCCCAACCUUGCUGGAAAUAACCGGUUUUGAUGACGUGCACUCAGAACGCCAGAGAGAACACCUUCGCAUCAUCUGCAAUGGCCGACUCCCUGUCGACGGACCGGUCACGGCUGUGAACUACCGUGACGGUGGCCCGGCGCGCCCAGACAGAUAUCGAGAGCAAGGCCACGGGGUGAAGGUCGACCGAGUCCUGCUCGUGACCGCUGCUACAUCCGAGAUUCCAGUCAAUCUGAUCAGCUGCCUGGUGGAUGUUGCAGGCCGCGCAGGAAUACCUGUGUUCGGCGUGAUGUCAAAGAUGGAUAAGGUUACAGAAAAGCAAUUAAAAGAAAGAGAAAGACAGUUUUUCGAGGCCCUUCAGCUCAACGGCAAUCACCGACUGCUCCGCUGCAGCAACUACUGCGACGAUGUGGACCCCGCAUGUCGACGGACCGAGACGUUCAUUGCGGAGCUUGACAUUCCUAUUUUGAAGUUCAUGAGCCAGAUGGUGAAAGUCAGACGACAUAACGAAGAUGCGUCUGGCUGUGAUGCAGCUGAAGAAAGUCAACCUUCAACGUCACCUUCUUUGCGACAUCGUCAACGCCAGACAGACACACCUGGGAGACAAGCGGCGCCUCCAGCGCCCAGAGCGGAGAAUCCUCAAUCGUGGAACGGAAGUCAGCUAACUUUUAUCGCUAAAGUUUUUUUUGAGAUACUUGUGGUUUUGGCAUUUUAUUAUUUUAUGAAACCAAACAUUGACAUGAAGAAGGUGAGUGACACUUGCAGAUACAUCAAGUCCCGCCCAGAGAUCAACAGUUUCACCUCGGUGAGGAGCUUGUGUAAACACCUUGUCACCAGCAGCUCUCUUGGCCCCGCCCUGCUGUUGCUGGUGUAUGCUGGGGUAAGGGCUGUGUUGGUCUCACUAGAAUAUCGACACAACCCUGACUGGCGAAUCUGAAGCAUCACAGACCUAGAUUCAUCCUCUUCAUCAUCUUGGUCACCUUGAAAACCAUGCUCGAUUAUCCAGAGUGAGUGAGUAUGGUUUUACGCCGCCUUUAGCAAUAUUCCAGCAAUAUCACGGAGGGGGACACCGGAAAAUGGGCUUCACACACGUGGGGAAUCGAACCGGGUCUUCGGCGUGACGAGCCAACGCUUUAAACCACUAGGCUACCCCACCGCCCUCGAAAAUCCAGAACAUUGUGUCCUAUAAAGAGAAAAACUCUGAACCUCUUCCAGAACUUAGAGUCGUCGUAAACCGUUUUCGAAUGACACGGAGAUAGAAUUUUUUUUAGUUACACCCAUCAGUAAGAGGCAACCCAUGCUGAGAAUUGUUUGUUUGUUUUUUAAAGCCUCGGGUAGCAGUAUCAUGAGCGAGAUACUUCCGGGUAGCGGUAUCAUGAGCGAGAUACUUCCGGGUAGCGGUAUCGUGGGCGAGAUACUUCCGGGUAGCGGUAUCAUGAGCGAGAUGCUUCCGGGGAGUGGUAAUUACGCAGGGGAGAUACUCCCAGGUAGGCAUACUGGUAACAUGCACAAGAUAUGUUUCGCAAUACCUCCCAAUUUGUACCGUGAGCAAAUUGGUGGCAGUUAAUUCACGGUGUAUCAAUCUUUGCUCUUUGCAUGUCUCAAGCUUUUCUUGUUAAUUCGUCAGUUUUAAAUAUCUGCGUAGCGGUCAUCAUAUUUUUCAGUACCAGCAGUCAUGUUCAUUGUUAGUGCAUAUUUGUAUUUGUAUUUUGGGAUAGCAGUGUGUUUUCAAUUAAAUAAAUGCUUGAGUGUUUGUCACUGUACAUUACUGUCAAUAAAUCUAUACCUUCUGACCUCC